CACAGCUCUUCUAAACUGCACUUGGGACUGAUAACCUACUCAACUCACAGCUCUGCGCAUUCACACUUGAACUGCAGAGGAGUAUCCUUUCAAAUCCAGAAGAAAAGGACGAGGAAAACUGCCUACUUGGAAGAUCCUGAUUUAAUUUUGAACAUGGAGUUUAACGUGUUAUUUUCCCUGCUAGCAUUGGUGUCAGGACUGCCCUUGGCAACAGGGUCCCCGCUGUCUGACGGUGCAGUGACUGUUUCUACCCCCUCCGCUGCUGACCAGGCUUCACCUCCUCCCCGUCGGCUCAUCCGUUCCAAGCGCUGUUCCUGCUCCUCUUUCCUGGAUAAGGAAUGCAUCUACUUCUGCCAUCUGGACAUCAUUUGGAUCAACACUCCCGAGCAGAUUGUUCCCUAUGGACUCGGCAGUUCUCGGGCCAGGAGGUCUGCAAAGAACAACUUGGCGGCAAUGAUAACAUCAAGGGCACGAUGUGAGUGCAGGAGCCAAGCAGACAGUGUGUGCCAGCAGUUCUGCGAAGAUGGGCAGCAGGCAGCAAGGUUUCAAGUCAAGACGCCUAUACAAAAGCAAUAUCUAGAGGCAAAGUCAGAUAGAACAGUCCAAAACAAACAGGACUUCUCACACCAAGGACUGAAGUGUGUUUAUCAACAUCUCCUUAACAUCACAAAACAGCUGAAGCCCGUAAGCAGCAAGCAUUUACCUACAUCGAUGAAAUGGAUAAACAGAAUAGGGAAAGCAAGACAAGAAGACCACAAUAAACUGAAGAGUUUACCACUUUCCAUGGGUGGCUCUGUGACACACUGCAGGGACUGCAAACGUUGACAGGCUGCUAGUUAACAGAGGCAAAGAAAACAGCACGUGUUGGCUGCUUCCACAGAACAGAUUACCAUUCUGUUCUGGCAAGGGACCAGGGAUUUACACUUCAGUGAGGAGCUUGCCAAAACUGAUGGAGUUCAAGCAGCAGCCUGGCCUUAUAGAAAAAGACUGAACAGCAGAAAGGAAACUAUAGCUUGGCAUUUUCAAAAUGAAGCAAGCUUGACUUAAAAUAAGCUAUGAUAUAAAGUUCUGCAAUUCACAUUCAUAAACUACAGCCUAGGUUUAUAUCUAUCAAAGAAGACUGAUACAUGUCCAACAGAUCAGUCCAAGGAGAUUUGACUGAAAACUGACCUGAAGCAGAUUGAACAGAAUGACUCUCAAUCAGAAAGCCAAAAUUAACAUAAAGGAAGGAAGUGGACUCCAGAAAUUCUAAUGAAUUAACAUUUUAAAGGCACAUAUGAGACUUAUGCACAUAAAUAAGGUGGCAAACGUGCAAAUGCACAGCUUGAUAUAUUUCACAGACUUUUUAAUGGAAUGCUGAAACUUGCUGAAUAACAUUUUUUAAUUUAAAUCUACCUCAGAUUUUGUAAAUGCUGUUGACUAAAAUAUGCCCUGGAGUUAUCACUAACUUCUUCAUGAAUACACUUGGUGGUGCCUGAAACAUAUGUCACACAUGGUAUUGGUGUGUUUAUGUAUUCUGGGAGACUGUUGGUUGUAAUAGUGUACAUGUAUAUAACAGUGGUAUGUUUGAGUGUGAUAGUGAGGAUAUGUAUUUAAUGGCAAUUUCAUUUGAGAAUACCAAAGUUCUGGAUAUCUGUGGUUGCCUAUAGGUUUUGUAUGUGUAUGAUGGCACCGCCCAUUGUGUGCAUGUGCGUGUGUGCGUGUGUGUGUGCUCUUAAGUCUGGAUGUAUGUGGUUUAUUAUGUUAGUUUUUAAUUGUACAGCUAGACAAACGUUAUAUCUAUAUAUAUGUGGUAGAUUAAAUAUAAAGGAGGUAAUAAAGAUUGCUCCAAAAAGACAUUUAAUAUUGACAGCCAAUAUAAACUAGAGGUGUGACAGCAACAUUUGUAUGAUUGAAAUGCUAGCCAAGUGAGUAACAAACUAUGAGAGCUGUUUGUUGAAAAUGAGGCAGUGCUUUACAGAUUUUAAAAUUAUUGCUCAUACCAUUUUGACCCAUUCAUAAAUUUAGUUACUGACUGUAUUUUAAACAGUGCCUUAUGUACUUUGCAGGCCAUAUUGGUCUCUUGUGUGAUUAUUAGCCAGUAUGUAUUUUUAUACAGAUGUGUGUUUUGCUCCACUUUAUGUUUUU